AUGGAUUACUCCAAUUAUGCUGGCCAUCAAUCCCAGCCCUUCUCGAUGUACGGGCUGCCAACCCCCGACCAACAACCACCGCCCCAGACUGACGACUCCCUACACGAUCCAUUCUCCAUGCAGCAGCACAAUACAUAUAACCAUUAUUUCCCCGGGCUGGAAGGCUCCUUGCGCAUCGACCCCUCAUCUUUUGUCCCGCCGCCACAUUCACCACCAGACUCUUUCACCAAACACUCUGUCUCGAGUAACGAUUUUGGAAACAAUUCAAAGCUAGAUCCGUCCUCGAUCGAUGGCGAUGAAAACCAUUAUGCAGAUACUGGUAUCGCCCGCAGCAGUAGUGAGGAGAAAGAAUCCAUGACUCCGGCGCAAAGCAAGCGCAAGGCGCAGAAUCGUGCAGCUCAACGAGCAUUCCGCGAACGAAAAGAACGUCAUGUCAAAGAUCUCGAAGACAAAGUCAACUCCCUGGCCGAAGCCUCAAAUACCCUCCAAGCCGACAACGAACGGCUGAAGCGCGAACUCGCCAAGUUCGCUACGGAAAAUGAGAUUUUACGAGUAACAUCCGGCUCUAUGAACGGUGGUGGUGGCUCUCACAACCCCGGUAUGCAAGAGCAGCCCACUGUCACCGGUCCCAUGAAAUACUCUCCAACAGACUUCUAUUCGACUUUGAUGCCUGAGGGGUCUGGGUGGGGUCCUGCUCCAGGGAGUAGUGCUACUGCGCCGCCGGCUUCGCAUCGGGUUAUGGUUUGUCAGAUCACUGGCGAGAGAUUGCUUGAUGCGGGUGCCACGUGGGAUCUUAUCCAGAGGCAUGCUCUUUACAAGGCGGGACAGGUGAAUAUUGGGGAUGUUGCAGAUCGGUUGAAGGGGAUGGCUCAGUGUAAUGGGCAAGGUCCUGCUUUUAAGGAAGGAGAGGUGAUGAGGGCUAUUGAGGCGAGUGUUGCGGAUCGGGACGAGUUGAUCUAA